AUGCCUCUGGCCGACAAGCGUCCAUACAUGCAGGAGGCCGAGCGCCUGCGGGUGCAGCACACCAUCGACUACCCCGACUACAAGUACCGACCUCGCCGCAGGAAGCAGCUGAAGAAGAGUGCCAAGAUGGCCGCCGCGGACCCCCUGCCUCUCCCCUGCCCCGCCCCCGGCUUCAACCUGAACUACAACCUCACCUGCCUGCUCCAGAACCAGCAGAACCAAUUCCGCAACAGCUUCCCGGCCACCUAUCCCGCUCCGGGCCACCCGGCGACGCCAUUUUGUCAGGAGGCGCCCACGCCGGACGCGUUCCGGGGUUCAUACCCGACCGAGCCUCACCUGCGCUUCGGGGAGCAGCGGUACGCAGAGCGGGCCGAGUCCAGGUUCUUCAGCGGACCCUCGUUGGAGUUCUACCUGGAGCGGGUCCAACUGGACACCCUGUACGAUCUGGACCGCAGCGAGUUCGAACAGUACCUGGGUCCGCCGGGACCCCACAGAACUGACGCGGCAGAUCCUGGCUGCUACCACAGAGAACAACACUCGCUAUCCUGA